AUGGCAUCUCUAUCACCCGCCUCGAAGAAGGCUCUAGCGAAUCUCCGAGCAUUUCGACCACCUCCCACGAAUUACUACAAAUGUCCUCUUGCCAGAAGGGCAGCAGUCCUCAUACUGCUCUUCGCAGACCGCCGCGGUGAUCUGCGAGUAGUGUUGACGAUACGGUCGACAGGCCUCAGAAAUUACUCUGGUCAAGCAGCUCUUCCUGGUGGCAAAGCAGACAGUCUACAAGAGACACCCUUCUACACCGCGCGACGAGAGGCAUUCGAGGAGAUCGGGCUCGCCAUGUCAGACCACAAGCUCCCAAUUGGAUAUGAAGUGGAGCACCUGGCAGAGUUACCAACCAAUCUGGCAAUGACAGAACUAGGAGUGCGACCAUGCGUGGCGUUUCUGAAGACGCCGCCUCCAUCACCACGAAACCAGAACCCAGAUGCCGCUCGAGAUCUCUUGCCAAAGCUAGAUGCCAAAGAAGUUGCCGCUGUCUUUACAGCACCAUUCUCCAACUUCCUCAGGGAGCGAGAUUUGGACGAAGAAGCAAGGAAAACAGUGCCGGGAGAGUGGUACAAGGGCUCCUGGCACAGCUGGCACGAGACCGCCUGGCGCAUGCAUCAGUUCUUCGUACCUGUCAACCCAUCUUCCGUCUUCUUAGCAGACCACAAGCCUCGCCAACCCAGAGUAGCUGAAGAGCAAUUAUCUGAAACGACUGGCGCCGAGAUGCUUCCCCCGAAACCACAAAGUAAAAGCCCAGCAAGCAAAUCAGCGCAGUCAUCCCUCCAACCACCCCUACCCAGAUCCUUCUACAAAAAUGCAGACGAUCCACUACAACAACCACGCUACCGUGUCUUCGGCAUGACCGCCCGUAUCCUAGUCGACUGCGCACGAGUGGCGUACGGCGAGGAGCCGGAGUUUGAGCACAACAGCCACUUUGGCGAUGAAGAUAUGAUUGAACGACUGAUCAGCAUUGGGAGAUUAAGCUCGAUUCGGAAGGAAGGCGAGAUCUUGACGAGGGAUGUUAUGGUGCAGGCUGGGAGGGCGAAAAUGUGA